GUAGCAUCAUUCCUUUUUCAUUUCUGUUGCUUCACGUUUUAAGAGCCCAAAGCUAAUUCGAAUUCGGAUCUUAAUCUUCACUUUGUUCUUCGAUCUCGCGAACCAGUGAGGUGGAGUUUCAAUAAUGAUGGAGAAGGCAGAUUCUGUGCAGAAGCUGUACACGCGCAUGCGACUCUGGGAAUUUCCGAAUCAGUACGUGAUUGAGCCGACGGAUGGCUCUUCUGGUUCGUCUUUGGCUGUUAAUCGGAUAGAUGGCUCCAUGAAGCUCAUUGAUGAGGUUCCUGAAUGCAGCUCCCCUCGAGUUCCAAAGAUUUAUACAAUUUUUGGUGUUGUUGGGAUGUUGAGGCUCUUAGCUGGAUCGUAUUUGCUGGUUAUAACUGAGCGUGAAUGUGUUGGAUCUUACUUGGGGCAUUCAAUUUUCAAAGUUUCUUCAUUGAAGGUUUUUCCAUGUGAUCAUUCUCUUAAAAGUACCACUGCUGAGCAGAGAAAAACAGAGAUGGAAUUUUCUGCACUGCUAAAUGUUGCUGAGAAAACCUCUGGUCUGUUCUUCUCAUAUGAAACUAAUUUAACUCUGAGUGCACAACGAUUGAAUGACCUGGGUGAUGAAUCUAUGUUGCUUCCUCUUUGGAGACAGGCAGAGCCUCGAUUCCUAUGGAACAAUUAUAUGUUAGAAGUUCUCAUAGAUAGCAAGCUUGACCCAUACUUGCUUCCUGUAGUCCAAGGCAGUUUUCAUCACCUUCAAGCAGCCAUUGGGAAAGAUAUUAUUGACAUCACUUUGAUUGCAAGAAGAUGCACUAGAAGAAAUGGAACUCGAAUGUGGAGAAGAGGAGCUGAUCCCGAUGGCUAUGUAGCCAAUUUUGUGGAAACAGAACAAAUUAUGCAGUUUAGUGGGUAUACUGCUUCAUUUGUUCAGGUCCGUGGUUCAAUUCCACUCCUCUGGCAGCAAAUUGUCGACCUCACUUAUAAACCAAAGUUUGAGUUAUUGAAAAUUGAGGAAGCUCCACGAGUUCUAGAGAGGCAUUUCUUAGAUUUAAGGAAAAAAUAUGGGGCUGUAUUGGCUGUUGAUCUUAUUAACAAGCACGGAGGAGAAGGGCGACUGUGUGAAAAAUUUGGUGAUACAAUGCAGCAUGUGGCUAGUGAUGAUGUAAGAUAUCUUCACUUUGAUUUUCACCAUGUUUGUGGGCACAUUCAUUUUGAUCGUCUUUCAAUCCUUUAUGACCAAAUUUCAGAUUUUCUUGAGAGAAACGGAUAUCUUCUAUUGAAUGAAAAGGGGGAGAAAAUGAAGGAGCAACUUGGAGUCGUUAGGACCAAUUGUAUUGAUUGUUUAGACCGUACAAAUGUGACCCAGAGCAUGAUAGGCCGACAUAUGUUGGAAUUUCAGCUUAGAAGGCUUGGUGUCUUUGGUGCUGAAGAAACCAUUAGUUCACAUCCAAAUCUGGAUGAAAGCUUUAAGAUCUUGUGGGCUAAUCAUGGGGAUGAUAUAAGUAUUCAAUAUUCAGGAACUCCUGCUCUAAAAGGGGACUUUGUCAGAUUUGGGCACCGCACAGUUCAAGGGAUACUAAAAGAUGGUUGCAAUGCUCUUCUACGAUAUUAUUUAAAUAAUUUUAGUGAUGGAACAAAGCAGGAUGCAAUUGAUCUCCUGCAAGGACAUUAUAUAGUUUCUGUCAGCCGAGAUACAGCUGCCACUUCUCAGAAAGGAGGCCUUGAAGCUAUAGCUUCAUUUCCUCUGGCUUUGGCUCUGGUUUUGACCGGAUUUCUUUUUGCAACCAUGUCAUUGAGGCAAGUUCGAUAUGAUUUUCGGCACUUCUUCUUUUCGCUAAUGUGGGCGGGCAUUAGUAUUGGUAUAGCAGCAUUUGUGAGGGCCAACGGCCGUCUUUUCUGCAACAGACCUCGUCUACACAAUCCUCGUUGAUUACUUAUACAAAUCAGUCUGAGUAAUUAGAAUUUUUUUUGUGGAAGUAUCCAGCUUCUGUCGCAGUAGUCACCAGCAGAGGUCUUAGUUCUACAUCUAGAUCACUUUAACGAAUUUAAUAUUUACUCCAGAUAUAUAUUAUAUAAUCCUCCUUGCUGUUUAUUAUAUUUAUUCUUCUUUACUAAUUUUUAAUCAUUGUAGUUUCCAGAUAUAUAUUCAUAUAAUAGUCCAGUCAUGUUCCAUUUGUGUGAUUGCUGCUUUACCGGUGUUUCAUAAGCACCGUCUCCUCCUUGUAUAUUUGAGUUUUAUUUGUGCCUUCUUUAUGAUGGAAUCAUUUUAAGGUUAUUAGGAAAUACAUUGAUUUUAUUAUCAUCUAUGCUUUUAAGCAAAUU